ACACAUCGUAGAAUUUAAAAUCGAUCGUCGAUCGCGUGUUUAAAUCCAAAUAAAUGGUUUUAUACGCAAUUUUUGUGACAAUAUUAAUGGCUCUUUAAACUUUAAAUAGUCUAGUACUCUGUUGUUGUCCCUCUAAUGUGCCGUAUAGUAUUUAUAAGAGAUAUCUUCUCUUAUCAGUCAUGGCCUACGAUUACCUCAUAAAGUUGCUUUGCGUAGGAGAUUCAGGUGUCGGAAAGACCAGCUUCCUUUACAAAUACACUGACGGAGUAUUUCAUACACAAUUUAUAUCGACUGUUGGUAUAGAUUUCAGAGAAAAAACUGUGAUAUACCAGCAAAAUGGAAGACAACACCGAAUUCAUUUGCAACUGUGGGAUACAGCAGGUCAAGAGCGGUUUAGAAGUCUGACAACAGCAUUUUACAGAGAUGCAAUGGGUUUCCUGCUUCUAUUUGACUUGACUAAUGAAGCAUCAUUUCUUGAAGUCAGAAAUUGGAUAGAGCAGUUAAAGACUCACAGUAUAAGUGACGACCCAGAUGUAGUGCUGUGUGGUCACAAGUGUGACUUGCAAGAGAAGAGAUUGGUCAACCAGAACAGGGCCAGGGAGUUUGCGAAGAAUUACAAUUUGUCAUACCUUGAAACAAGUGCUAAAACCGGACAAAACAUUGACCGUGCUAUUGAGAUCCUUCUUGACAAGGUUAUGUACAGAAUGGAGACUUCAGUGGAAUAUGCUAUGCUGUGCGCAUCAGGGCGCCGCCGUGAAUCCCUGCAAAGAUUACAAGCUAAAAGAGAGAGAAAUGUGUGUUCCUGUUAAUAUUAAUUUGUUCUACAAAUAUCUGCAGUUCUGGUAAUUUCAGUUAUAAUUACGUUUUUGGUAAACUUGUAGUGCUUUGAUGGAAAACCAUUACUCAAAGUUAUUUGUUAAAACCAAGAAUAUAGGUAUCAUAAGAUAAAAAAACUCAAAAUCUAAUUUCAAGGUACUAAAUUCUAAAGGGUUAGUUUGAAUACUUUGAAUUAAUAAAUAUAAUAAUGUAUAUUCAGAGGUGGGAAAAUAUUAUUUUGAGUGAAGUAAAUGUUUUUUAUCAAGUACUUCCUUAUGACGAGGUAUUAUUAGAACAUAUUAUAGUCAAUAGACUAUCUUUUGGCUGACUAAAUAUCUAUUUUGUACUUAUCAAAUCCAAUAAUGCCUUUAUCUUUGUUAAUACUAAUCUGUCAAUGUACUUUCAUAUGAAAUGAGCAUUUGCUCGCUUGGUCUAAUGCACCUGUAU